GCCCCAUUUUUUUCCUUCAGAAAUUAUCAAAAGUGGCCAUUGAACGUAAAGAGUGAUGGAAUGAAGGAACCUCUUUACAGAGACAAACUGGAUGAGAAAAGGAAAGUCACAUUGUUAUACACUGAGAUUUCUGAUGAAGUGUAGUGGAGAAUGCGACUGACAAUCAUCUAAUGAAGCCCCAGCUGCAGCUCUCCUUCAGUGUGGUGAAGGUGCAUUCUCUCUUUUGACAACAGUUAAAGGACAAUGGGGUCCAGUACACUUGGGAAGGCUGCAACGCUAGAUGAACUAUUAAGCACCUGCAUUAAAAUGUUUGAUCAUAAAGGGGAACUGGGUAACAAUAAUUUGCCAAGAACUUUCCUGUUAAUGCAUCGAUGGUAUCUACCAUCCACUGAACUGGCAAGCAAGCUUCUCUCCCUAUAUAGAGAUGCCAGUGGAGAAAACACCAAUGAAAUUCGCUUAAAGAUCUGUUACUUUAUGAGAUACUGGAUUUUGGAAUUUCCUGCGGAAUUUAAUCUGGACCUUGGCUUGGUUCAUCUGACUGAGGAGUUUCAAGAAUUAGCCAGCCAUCUGGGUUAUGAAGAGCACAUCCAUCUUAUUGACAUCUCAAGCAUUCCCUCUUAUGACUGGAUGAGAAGAGUCACGCAAAGGAAAAAAACUUUCAAGAAGGGAAAAGCUUGCCUGCUGUUUGAUCAUCUGGAACCAAUUGAGCUAGCUGAGCACCUCACUUUUUUGGAGCAUAAAUCUUUUAGAAGGAUAUCUUUUACAGAUUAUCAGAGCUAUGUAAUCCAUGGUUGCCUGGAGAACAACCCAACUCUGGAAAGAUCCAUUGCUUUGUUUAAUGGCAUCUCUAAGUGGGUCCAGUUGAUGGUCCUUAGCAAACCAACCCCACAGCAAAGGGCAGAUGUAAUCACAAAGUUCAUCAAUGUUGCACAGAAACUUCUUCAUCUCCAAAAUUUCAAUACACUAAUGGCAGUUGUAGGAGGACUAAGCCACAGCUCUAUUUCACGUCUCAAAGAUACUCAUUUCCAUCUUUCCGCAGAGGUUACAAAGGACUGGAAUGAAAUGACUGAAUUAGUCUCCUCCAAUGGAAACUACUGCAGUUAUCGCAAAUCUUUUGCUGAUUGUGUUGGCUUCAAAAUCCCAAUCUUAGGAGUCCACUUGAAGGAUCUGAUAGCAGUUCAUGUCAUCUUUCCAGACUGGAUCAAUGAGAAUAAAGUCAACAUUGUGAAAAUGCAGCAACUUUCAGUCACCUUGAGUGAGCUGGUUUCCUUGCAGACUGCCUCUCAUCACCUUGAGCCAAAUAUGGAUUUAAUUAACCUGCUAACACUUUCCCUGGACCUCUACCAUACAGAAGAUGAUAUUUAUAAACUCUCUCUUGUGCUGGAACCAAGGACUUCUAAAUCACAGCCUACCUCUCCAACAACCCCUAAUAAGGCAGUGGCGCCACUCGAGUGGGCAUCUGGAGUAAUACCAAAGCCAGAUCCAAGUAUAAUUAACAAACACAUCAGAAAAUUAGUUGAUUCUGUUUUUAGAAACUAUGACCAUGAUCAUGAUGGAUAUAUCUCUCAAGAAGACUUUGAAAGCAUAGCAGCCAAUUUUCCUUUUCUGGACUCGUUCUGUGUAUUAGACAAAGAUCAAGAUGGACUUAUCAGCAAAGAAGAAAUGAUGGCUUAUUUCCUGAGGGCCAAAUCUCAGUUGCAGUGUAAAAUGGGGCCAGGUUUCAUUCAUAACUUCCAGGAAAUGACUUAUCUCAAGCCAACUUUCUGUGAGCAUUGUGCUGGAUUUCUCUGGGGCAUAAUCAAGCAAGGCUACAAAUGCAAAGAUUGUGGUGCCAAUUGCCAUAAACAGUGCAGAGAUCUGCUUGUUCUGGCCUGCAGGAAGUUUGUCAGAGGGACAUCACUGAGAAGCAACUAUGGCUCUCUACCUAACAGUCCAUCAAUACCAGCAGUGCAAGAUGAAGUAUUUAAUUUUCCCAGCGUUGCUCCAAGAAAUCAGUAUCUAGACAGCAGAGCAAUCACACUGGUGACUGGCUCUUCUCGUAAGAUUUCAGUACAUCUUCAACGGGUGACCACCAGCCAAGCAACCCAGACAGAGCCUCUGUGGCAUGAACCUGGAUGGGGUGAUUCAGGAUCACAUACCUUCCCCAAAAUGAAGACCAGGUUCCAUGGAAAAUCUGGAAAGAAUAAAGGGUUUGCUAAAUGGGUAAAUGAAAAGUCCAGUGUUCAGCCCAAUAUAGACAUGGAAGUAGCACCUACAGCACAUGUAUUGGACCAGAAUGGAACAGAUGCUCUUCUAGAAAGACAGGAUAUGGAGGAUAGCUGAUCUGCUGCUACUAAAGAUGGAAGACAGUUCAAGAAAUAACCAUGGCUAAACUGGCUUGAAACUCAUACCUCUGUUAAAUACAGCACAUCUUUCUUCUAUUGCCUGUGUCAGAAAUUUAACGAUCUAUUUAUUUUCUCAUACAAUUGAAAUAAUUUGAUCAGUCCUGCACAGAUAAAAAUCCAAAGAGUGUUAUAGCUCUGAGAUGUCUAAAAUUCUU